AUGUGUUGUGUGAUGACCUACCUGUUGAUAGAAUCGGAGAACGGAAUAUUCAACGCCAUCCUAAGGGGACAUGUUGAUUUCUCAAGUGAUCCAUGGCCAUCCAUCUCAACUCAGGCGAAGGAUCUUGUCAAGAAGAUGCUCAACUCUGAUCCCAAGCAAAGACUCACUGCUGCCCAAGUUCUCAGUAAGCAUCUGCAAACACAUCUAAAAUCAUAA